AUGCUGAAUCACAUUGGCAAAGCACGGUGCCAUGAAUUACAGCAGAAAAGGAGCAAGGAUGCAGGGUCCCGAGCACAAGCUACAUUAAUGGCAUUGUUUUUCAAAAAAAAAGAGUCUGUGCACCCCUGCAUAUUUCCCCCAGUUCUGCUCCGGAGUGCAACCCCCCACUCACCCACCCAUUCAUUCCCACCCCUAACCCCUGCAUUGCAGUGCAAUCCUCAGGCAUGUACAGAAGAACUCCAGACACUUCCUGACCAACUAGAUAAAGGAUCUGAUUCAGCAUCGCCCUUGUCAAGACUAAGAGACAUUGCUGUGCACCUACCUGACACCAUCCCCCUCGCAAUUUCCUCAGAUUGCAUCGCAGCUCUUGCUGGAGACCCUAAAGAGAUAGUGGCUGUUCAACAGUUGGAAGAGCCCAACGAAGACCCAUAUGAGUGGUUGGAUAAAAUGCUGAACGGUAUUUGCAGUGAAUAUGCAAAGCGAAAUGGAUUGUUGCCUUCAGCGAUAAGAUGGGGGCCAAUGGGGCUACCAGGACUGUGUAACACACUCCAGUUCUUUGUUGGCCAUGGGUUUGCUUCUGAAGAAAUUUUGGAGACACGGAUCAAUAACUUGAUUGAGGAAGCCAAAAAAGUAGUUCCUACAGUGUCUCAGCCUCAGUUAUUAGCACCUUCCUCAGUGCUGCAAGAGAAAACUUCUCCCAUCCAGCACACACCUCUCCUACUGCAACCUAGAACACAACUUCAGCCAAUCUUUGUGGAGUCUGACGAGGAUAGUGACUCGCCACUCCAGGAAAAAAUGCAUAUCUUGACUGGCCAUGGAAGGAACAAGCGGAGUUAG